UUUGUGCUCAAGUUAUGUCUAGCUUAAUAAAGACCUCGACUAUGAUUCUGCCCAAGAAGACAUGAAACAAGAUCCAGCACAGAGAUUAAAGUCCAAAUCUGACCCAAAAAUCACACCUUCUGAAAACCCCAAAAUUUCAGAAUUUAGUAAGAUAAAUAUGCAGAUCAAACAAGAAAUGGCCUUAAAAAUGAAGCUGAAACGAUACCUAAACGAGUAUGAUUCAGACCAAAUUGUUGACUUGAAUGCUAAAAUUUCAUCUGAAUAUUCUCGUGAGAAAUAAACUCAUUAGGGAAUUGAGCAUACUUCAAACCAAGGCCCAUAGCCAGAAAAAGGGAAUGCUAAGAGAGAAUGCCCAAGAUAGCUUAAAAGCGAGGUCUUGUCAUGAAGCCAGGCGUGAAGAAUCAUAUAAUAAUCAUUCCCAAGAAAGAGAAAAACUUCAGAAGGAUAUCAUCAACAAGCAAAUUGAGCGGAUCUUAUCCCAAUACGAGUCUGAUGAAGAUCUGGUCAAGAUAAGAAAUCAUCAGCCUCAGAAGAAAAACGAAAUUCAGCAGCUAGAGCAAAAGAUCAAGCAGCUUGAAACUUCUGCUCUUGAGAAAUCAAUGCUAGUAAGACAGAAGAAACUAGAAUUAAAGACACUUCAGAGGAAGAUUAGAGAGAAAAUUAUUGAUAUCAAGCAAGCUAAGGUCCUAAAGAAGCUCAAAGAGAGUCAGAAAAACCUCAAAAGAGUAUCCAAGCUAAGAAAGACCAGGAAUGGAAAAAAUAAAAUUCAAGUUGACUCUGAAUCAUAUAUGUUCAAAAGCGAUAGAGGGAAUGAUUCCCAUCGUAGUAAAGAGACACCUUUGACUCUUUCUCACUCUGAGAUUACACCUAUCAAAGUCCUUCUUACUCAUAAGGCAGAUAAGAAGAAGCCAAAGAGAGUCACCCCACUGCCAGAUCUCAAGAGGAUCAAACGGAACUUAAUCAUGAAGGCAUAUAGGCCACUUACUGAAUACAGUUAUAAGCUUAAUGAGCACAGAAUUCAGAGUAUUAAAAUGAAAGGAGGCUGAGAAAAUGAACAGAAGAUAAAUAAAAAUGAACAUCGACCUAAGUAAGUGUAGUGCCUGCAGAAGACCGAAACACAAACGUAAAAAUCACAGAUCUUGAAGCUUCAGUUGACGUUCACAGAUUGAAGGAGUCCAAAAGCGUGAAGCCCAGGAGGAUGCCCUUCCUCCAUAUCUAUAACCAGAAUAUUAAGU